GUGCGUGUGUGUCUGUGAAUUAGCGCGCACGGACAUGGAUUGUGUAGGGAGGGGACACAGCGCAUUGUAUAUGCACGUGGGGAAGCUUCUGAUUUCUCAUCUGCGGAGAGCGGAUAGGAAAGUAGGGACCAGGCGAUAGGACGUUCUUCUGCAUGCAGCCUCCGCGCAAACAAGAAGCUUGGACUAAAACGAAAGCGCGUGUAAACGCUAAUUAAUGCCUUUUUAUUAGCCGGAACUGUUUCUGAGCGGGCUCCUUAUGAAUCCAUGCAGUUAGCUAAUCACACCAGAUCACAUACGGAGCACCAUCUGUUCAUUUUAGAGCGACAAGAAAGAGUUUGUUCUGCCAGACGCGGCAGUUCAAUCUGUCUAUCCCAGAUUCAGUGGACUGCGCUUCGUCUGUGGACUGAUGAUCUUAUGUGGGCUACACAGCCGUGGGCUCAUAUUUUGAAACAAUGGGUCAAUGCAUUAGGUUGAAUGUUUAGCUGUAAUGUUUAGCUGUAACGUCCGUGGAUGAUGGCAGGGGUACACGCUUCCGAUGCUGUGUCGGGACAUUUGCUAAAUCCUACCAUUGCAGCCUCUCCAGCACAGAACGCAACACAAAUAGCGGGGUUGAACAACAAUGACGCCACGGUGCUGCCUCCGACUGGCACCCGGGCAUACCUGGACAUUUCGGCGGCUGCGUUUGCCGCCGGGCAACCGGUCUAUGGGGCAGAGGGAGUUUACGCCAACGGAAGGUACAUGGACCACGGGAGUCCUCGGACUGGCAGCAGCAGCCGUGACAAUUCAGCCGAAAGGAGUCAUGGAGGCGUGAACACACCUUGCGGCAUUAUGAAGGAUGGCUCCAAGCAGAGGCAGGUGAGGCAGAAGAAGACUGUCUCCUUCAGCUCCAUGCCCAACGACCGUAAGAUCAACAGCACAGCCGCCUGCAUGGCUUUCAUGAUGGAGGGCUGCGAGAUGAAGAAGGUGCGCUCCAACUCGCGCAUGUACAACCGCUACUUCCUGCUGGACCCGGACAUGCACUGGCUCCGCUGGGAGCCCUCCAAGAAGGACUCAGAGAAAGCCAAGUUGGAGAUCAAGAGCAUCAAGGAGGUUCGUCUGGGGAAGAAGACCCCUGUGCUGCGCAGCAAUGGCCUGUCCGACCAGUUCCCAGACGAGUGCGCCUUUUCCAUCAUCUACGGGGACAACUAUGAGUCUCUGGACCUGGUGGCCACCACGGCUGAUGUGGUCAGCACCUGGGUGAUGGGCCUCCGCUACCUGGUCUCCUACGGGAGGCACACGGUGGAGGUGGCUGAGCCUAGCCAGCCCAGCCUGAGGACCUCCUGGAUCGGAUCGGUGUUUGAGCUGGCUGACAUGGAGAGGAACGGCCACAUCAACCUGUUCAGGGCCACCCAGAUCAUCAAGGGGCUCAACCCGGGAAUGAAGGAGUCCCGGAUAGAGCUGAAGUUCAAGGAGCUCCAGAAGGCCAAAGACCAGUACGGGGAGGACAUUGACAUGGAAACCUUUGUGGAGGCCUACUGCGAGCUGUGCACAAGGCCAGAGAUCUUCUUCCUGCUGGUGCAGUUCUCCAGCAACAAGGAGUACCUGGACAGCAAGGAUCUGAUGCUGUUUGUGGAGGUGGAGCAGGGCAUGGAGGGCGUGACGGAGGACAUGUGCCGGGACAUCGUCCAGAAGUACGAGCCGUCCGCCGAGGGCCGGGAGAAGGCCAGCCUCUCCAUCGACGGCUUCACGCACUACCUCCUCUCCUCCGAGUGUCACAUCUUCGACCCCCAGCACAAGCGGGUGUGCCAGGAUAUGAGCCAGCCGCUCUCCCACUACUACAUCAACUCUUCGCACAACGCCUCCCUCCUAGAGGACCACUUCUGGGGCUCCUCCGACAUCAGCAGCUACAUCCGGGCACUGAAGAUGGGAUGCCGCAGCCUGGAGGUCAUUGUGUGGGACGGCCCUGACAACGAACCUGUGGUCUACGUGGGGAGCUCGGUGGCAUCUCAGCUAGCCCUCUGCAAGGUCUUGGAUAUUAUAAACCAGUAUGCGUUUGAGAGCUCUGAGUACCCCCUCAUCCUCUGCCUGGUGACACACUGCUGCAUCCCCCAGCAGAGGGUCAUGGCCCAGCACAUGAAGAAGAUCCUGGGAGACAAGCUGUACUUGGACGCCCCCGGCUCAGAGGACCACUACCUACCCUCCCCAGAGAAACUCAAGGGUAAAAUCCUGCUGAAGGGCAAGCGGCUGCCCCCAAACUACCCCGAGUCAGAGGGGGAGGUGACUGAUGAGGAGGAGGGUCUGGAGAUGUCCAGGAGGGUGGGGGCAGAUGAUAAGGACCAUCUCAAUGGCCUUGGCUGCAAACGGCUGAGGCUGUGUAAGGAACUGUCAGACCUGGUCUCCCUCUGUAAGUCAGUGCAGUUCAGGGACUUUGACAUCUCCAAGAGGGAUCAGCAAUACUGGGAGAUGUGCUCUUUCAAUGAGGUCGACGCCAACAGGUUCGCCAACGAGUUCCCAGAGGACUUUGUGUGCUACAAUAAGCGCUUCCUCUCCAGGGUGUACCCUACUCCGAUGCGGAUCGACGCCAGUAACAUGAACCCCCAGGACUUCUGGAAGUGUGGUUGCCAGAUUGUGGCCAUGAACUACCAGACCCCGGGCCUGAUGAUGGACCUCAACCUGGGAUGGUUCAGGCAGAACGGGAACUGUGGCUAUGUGUUGCGGCCGGCCAUCAUGAGGGAGGAGGUGUCAUACUUCAGUGCCAACGCCAGGGAAUCCCUGCCAGGGGUGUCCGCCCAGCUUCUCCACAUCAAGGUAAUCAGCGGGCAGAACCUGCCCAAGCCCCGGGGCUCCGCUGCAAAGGGAGACGUGGUGGAACCCUACAUCUACGCGGAGAUCCACGGCAUCCCGGCAGACUGCGCCGAGCAGAGGACCAAGACGGUCUCUCAAAACGGAGACAACCCCGUCUUUGAUGAGAGCUUUGAGUUCCAGAUCAACCUGCCGGAGCUGGCGGCGCUACGCUUCGUAGUGCUGGACGACGACUACAUCGGAGACGAGUUCAUCGGCCAGUACACCAUCCCCUUUGAAUGUCUGCAGCCGGGCUACAGGCACGUCCCCUUGCAGUCGCUGACGGGGGAGUUCCUACCCAACUGCACCCUGUUCGUACAUGUGGCCAUCACCAACAGGAGGGGAGGGGGCAAGGCCCACAAGAGAGGCCUGUCGGUGAGGAAGGGCAGGAAGGCUCGUGAGUACACCUCCACCAAGACCACCGGGAUCAAGGUGGUAGACGAGCUCUUCAGAGCAUCCACCCAGCCUCUGAGGGAAGCCACAGACCUCCGGGAGAACGUCCAGAAUGCCAUGGUGUCGUUCAAGGAGCUGUGUGGUCUGACGCCGGCGGCCAACAUGAAGCAGUGUAUCCUGACCGUGUCCACUUGGCUGAUGAACAGCGAGCGAGCGCUCAGGGUCACUGUGGACCUGAGUCAAGCCUACCCCACUAUGGAGGCCCAGGGGCCCGUCCCCGAGCUGCUCCGCAAGGUCCUCAACGCCUACGACAUGAUGAUUCAGACGAGCCGGACGCUGAUCGAGUCAGCUGACGUGGUCUACUCCAAGCUCACACAAGCACAACGGGCAGGACUGGACUUCCAUGUGGACCUUCACAGGAUCGGAGUGAAGGAGGGCCUGAAGGGCCGGAAGCUACAGAAGGCCAUGGAGAGCUACGCCUGGAACAUCACCGUCCUCAAGGGUCAGGCGGACCUGCUGAAGCACGCUAAGAGUGAGGCUUUGGACACGCUGCGUCAGAUCCACUGUGCCACCCAGUCCUGUGGCCUGAGCAAGAACGGAGCUGCCUCCCCUCAGCUCCAACACCAUCCACUGCAAGCGCAAGCCCAGUACCAGGCCCAGCCCCACCAUCCACCCCAACCUCACCAUCUCCAACCUCAGGCCCAGAACCAACCCCAGCCUCUGUCCCAACCCCUGGCGGAACCCCAGCCCGAGGCCCAAGCACAGCUCCAGGCCCAGCUCCAUACUCAACACCAUCCCCUGCCUCCCCUCCCGCCCCAGCCCCCACAGUAUAGGGCAGCAGGCUCUCAUGAUGCCAUCUCUGAGAACGAGACGGCCAGCGAUGGUUCCUGCUGACCCGUUGCCUGUACCCGCAGUGGAGUCCACCCAAAGAGAGACAGGGAGAGGAGAAUAGAAAGAGAGAGGGUGCUUGAGAAGCAGAGAGGAGAAGAGCAAAGAACAUGGAUGGUUCCUUUAACACCCCCGAAGAUGGACAUGCAGAGUGAGAUAGAAAGGAAAAAAGAGGAGAGGGAGAAGGAGAGAAGGAAGGAGAGGGAAAAAGAGCAGGAAAAGGAGAGGGAGAGAGAUGGUGAGAGGGAAAGAGCAGAAGAGAAACAGCAAACAGAGCAAGGGACGGGGAAGAAAACUCGCCGUAAAAGACAAGAGACACAAGUUUGAGACAAAGAAGAAAUGUCUCAGUCAGCUCUCUCUCCUGUCCUAUUUCUCUCCCUUGGAUUCGAAAGAGCGAAUAACACCCAUAUUAGUGAGUUCAGUCAGUCUGUCAGUCUCUCAGUCAGUCAAUCGUUGAGUCAGUCAGUCUGUCAGGACAGUCUCGCUGUCUUUCUCUGGGCAGUGCCAGCACUGCCGGCCCUGUGGGUACAGGCACCUUACAUUGGCAUUUCAUACCGCACAAGUUCGCCUUUGGAUUCCCCUAAGAUACCCAUAGCAGGUCCAGGACCCUUUCCUUUCCUUUCCUCCUCCUCUAUCUUCUCCCUUAUGUUUACUCCAUAUACCGGUAGAUCUGCCCUUCCAUGCAUCAUCCUGAGCUUCAACCUUUUGCCCUUCUCUCUGAGGAGGCGGCUGCCAUUUUAAGUGCACAACGUAGAGCAGCUCACACAGACUCUUGAGCUCUGUAGGGAUCCUAGCUAGAGGACCAUUACUGCACAAACUAACCUGGGAGCUGUCUGUGAGAGAGACGGUAAAGGACUGCAGCUCUGCAGCCUCUCUCUGUCAGUCCCUACCUACCUGGCCUCUACAAUGAUGCACUGGCUCCCCCUGCUGGAGACUCCAACCUCCACAGGACCACAAACACUUGCACAGUGCCCUUAGUUAAAGAUUUUUAUUUUUGUUAAUUGUCAAUCACAACAUGCCUGGACUCUGCGUGUAGUAGGGGCUGUGUGCGUAACGUCCCGUAUGUUGCUGUCGUCGUCCCAUGGAUGGAGGGAGCGUGGCCGUGCUCUGCCCACGCUCCAGCGCUCAGAGGUAGCUACUAGCAAGAGCUCACCAGCCUGUUUUAACUGGAACAGUCUGUCGACGCCGUCUGCGCUGAAGAGACAAAAGGACUCUAUAGGUCAACUAUCACAAGAGAAACAUGGACCUGGGGCAGAUUCCUGCUGUCAAUCAAACACACACCUAACCUAAAAGAGAAACUAUGAAUCUAUAUAGAUGUAUACUGUAUGUAUGUACAAGUAAUGAAGAAACACUUUACAUUUAUCUCUGAUAAUUCUCCCUGAAACAAAACAUCCCAUUGAUAUUAUGAUUAUUGUUAUAAUUGAUGUUAGUUAUAUUCAUAUUACAAUUAUUUUAUAUACAGUACAUUGCUUCUACAUAUACAGUGACUUGAUACCUGUUGUUUUGUGCUGCAGAUCAAGACAGGUAGUGUAGAAUGUCGGGUGUAGGGGUUAGAGGUCAGGGUGGGUUUGGGUUGGGGGUCAUCAUUCCAAAAAUUGGGUCAAACAAUAACCUGACUUGUGUUUCACUGUAAAGUGAUGUGACUUCUGUAUGAGCUCCUUAAAAUGGCCCAUUAAAACUGGCUUCAUUGCCUCCUUUCCUUCAA